GCAAUCGUCCAUUGAAGAAGGAGAGUCCAACAUUUGGAGUUUGCUGGUUCUGCUGAUUGUUGAGGCCUAGGCAGGCAUCCCCAAGAGAAUUCAGAGGAGAAUAAAACACUUACUGUUACACAAUUUAAAAGAAAUCACCUUCUGCAGAAUGGAUUCUUAAGGACCUGACAAUGUCCCUGUAUUGUGGAAUUACUCGCAGGAGAAAAUCUUUUUGGUGCUGUAGGCUGCUGUCAACUUAUGUCACUAAGACACGGUAUUUAUCUGAGCUGAAGGAAGAUGAUGAUGCAUGUAAAAAAGCCCAGCAGACAGGAGCAUUUUACCUCUUUCAUAACCUGGCUCCUUUGCUUCAGAAAUCAGAACAUCAAUACCUGGCCCCCCAGCAUAGCCUAUUAGAGUUGGAAAGGCUCCUGGGUAAGUUUGGGCAGGACAUGCAAACAAUAGAAGAUUCCGUGCUAAUUGGAUGCUCCGAACAGCAAGAAGCAUGGUUUGCUCUGGAUCUAGGUCUAAAUAGCUCCUCUUCCAUAAAUGCUUCCUUACAGAAACCUGAAAUGGAGACAGAGCUCAAGGGGUCUUUCAUUGGGCUGAGGAAGGCUCUCUUUCAGCUGAAUGUGAAGGAUGCCUCCUUGCUAUCCAUGGCUCAGGCUCUUCUCCGUUGGCAUGAUGCUCAUCAGUUCUGCAGCAGAAGUGGGCAGCCCACCAAGAAGAAUGUGGCUGGCAGCAAGCGUGUGUGCCCUUCCAAUAAGAUCAUCUAUUAUCCACAGAUGACUCCUGUGGUGAUCACUCUGGUGUCAGAUGGGACUCGAUGCCUGCUUGCCCGCCAGAGUUCCUUUCCCAAGGGAAUGUAUUCUGCCUUGGCAGGUUUUUGUGAUAUAGGUGAAAGCCUGGAAGAGGCUGUCCGGCGAGAAGUUGCAGAAGAGGUGGGAUUGGAGGUGGAAAGACUGCAAUACUCUGCAUCUCAGCACUGGCCCUUUCCUAAUGGCGCACUUAUGAUUGCUUGUCAUGCAACUGUGAAACCAGGGCAGACAGAGAUCCAGGUGAACUUGAGAGAACUAGAAGCAGCUGCCUGGUUCAGUCAUGAUGAGGUGGCCACAGCCCUGAGGAAAGACAACCCAUCUUAUCAGCAACAGAAUGGGGCUUUCCCAUUCUGGUUGCCCCCCAAGUUAGCCAUUGCCCACCAACUGAUAAAGGAGUGGGUGGAAAAACCGACCUGUUCUAUCCUGCCUCCUUAGCUCAGAUCAGGCCACCUAAUCAGAUAAAUACCUCCUAUCUCAGAGGGGCACAUCAGAGAUCAACUGAUAAAGAGGUGGUGACAAAAGGUCAUCUCCAGGCCAACAUCAUAAGAAGGCAGAGCAGAUGGUGAGCCUACAGCAAGGCACAUCUGCCAGCAGUGUUAAUAAAAGAAGUUCCUAAUCAUAGGCAAUCAAAAAUGCCAAAACUGAUGAGAUGACAAUUGUCAAAAUCAGAGGGAAAGUUGAAGUAUUAGUUUGGAUAUGGGCCCUUGCUCAUUUUCUCCUGUGCUUUGGAAGCGAACAUCUUUUGGCAUGUGGCUUGUCAAUGCUGGGUUUAUACUAACUGCCAAAAUGUGCCUGGUAUAAUUUUGGUUACAACUUUUAUCUUAAUAUUGAAAAUAUAUACUAAGUGUAAAGAUCAUUGUUCAUAACAGAUUCUACAUUCUUUUUAUAUACUCUUAUCUCUUAGGAUCACAAAGCAAUUAUAGUCAUUAAAAUGAAAAAAUAUAUAUAUAGCAGAUCUCAACCCCCUACUGAGUUCCUUUUUAUCCUUGUACAAUUUAAAAAAAUAGCACAUUUUUUUUUAAACAAAUUUAUUUAUUUUUGGCUGUGUUGGGUCUUCGUUGCUGUGCACAGGCUUUCUCUAGUUGCAGCGAGCAGGGGCUACUCUUCGUUGUGGUGCACAGGCUUCUCAUUGCAGUGGCUUCUUGUUGCGGAGCAUGGGCUCUAGGCGUGUGGGCUCAGCAGUUGUGGCUCCCGGGCUCUACAGCACAGGCUCAGUAGUUGUGGCGCACGGGCUUAAUUGCUCCACAGCAUGUGAGAUCUUCCUGGACCAGGGCUCGAACCCAUGUCCCCUGCACUGGCAGGCGGAUUCUUAACCACUGUGCCACCAGGGAAGCCCAGCACAACAUUUUUGAAUUUAUGUAGAGGUAAUUAUUUUGUUCAUGGUAGUUAAGUAAAAGUCAUAUUCCUUUAAAUCCUUCAUCCCAGGAAAGUGGGAGUUAAGGUCUUCCUCAAGGUACUCUCUAGUAAAUCAGAGGCAGUGAUGUUCUGUUGAGGUAACUGCAUGCCAGUGGGGCUCAAGAGCGUAAGUCUUUUUUGCUGUUACUUGCUCAGUUUGUGACCCAGGGAAAAGAUUAUCACUUGCCAUGCCUGUUUUCCUAAACGUAAAAUGGUUGCUGCCUUUUGCACACCCAGUAAGUGUUGUAACUUCAACGAAGCGAUCAGUGAAAAUGAACCAUUUCUUGAGUUUUAUGGGAUAAACUAAAUUUAGGAUUUCUCAUCAUUCAUAUAUGCCAUUCUAAACCUUGGCAUAGGGAAGAAGCACUUAUCUGGAGGAAAUGAAAUAAAUUUCUGUACCUUUGUUCAGAUGUA